UCAACAGACUUGGAUAGGUGCUACUAUAGGCCAUCUUGGAAAUCUCCUAAAUCCCUUAAUUUUUUCCCCUCCCUUCUCCAGACUGAAAAUCCUGCUCCAAGUCCGGGAUCUGCUUUUAGACCAGAGGAUGAAAUAGAACAGUUGACCAAAAAGAUGCUGUAUGACAUGGAGAAUCCCCCUUCAGAAGAAUACUUCGGUCGUUGUGCCCGCUGUGGGGAGAACGUGGUGGGGGAAGGAAGCGGCUGCACAGCCAUGGACCAAGUCUUCCACGUCAGCUGCUUCACCUGCAUGAUUUGCCACCAGAAGCUCCGGGGACAACCUUUCUACGCCGUGGAGAAGAAGGCCUACUGCGAGCCUUGCUACAUCGGCACCCUGGAGCAAUGCAGCGUCUGUGCCAAGCCCAUCAUGGAGCGCAUCUUGCGGGCCACGGGGAAAGCUUACCACCCUCACUGCUUCACCUGUGUGGUUUGCAACCGGAGCCUGGACGGCAUCCCGUUCACUGUGGAUGCCGGGGGCAAUAUUCACUGCAGUGAGGAUUUCCACAGGAAAUUUGCCCCACGAUGCUCCGUCUGCAAGGAACCCAUCAUGCCUGCCCAGGGCCAGGAGGAAACUAUCCGGAUUGUGGCCCUGGACCGUGACUUCCACGUCCUAUGCUACCGCUGUGAGGACUGCGGGGGGCUCCUGUCCGAAGGGGACAAUCAAGGCUGCUACCCGCUGGACGACCACAUUCUCUGCAAGGGCUGCAACUCCGCCCGGAUCCAGGCGCUGACCGCCAAGGCCAGCACUGACCUCUGAAGGGGGCACGGCUCCCCCCCGCCCCCCCGGGACUCUCCUGCACACUACUUGCCCCCCAAACACACAGACAACAGAUUGUGCCAUCUUUCUCUCUCACCAACACCCCCCUUUUGGCUGUCAUGGGAAGGUUUUUCUGGGUGGGGGUCCUGAGGUUCUUUCAAGGGGGCUUCUUAGCCUCCCCCCACCCCCCAUGGAAAGGUCCCUUCCCCGGAUUCCGGGAGACAGAGAGAGAGGGGAUGGGGAAUGUGUCCAAUUUCCAUCUGAUUAGGUUUUGGGGUGUCUCCAUUCACGCAAAUUUAAGAGUGGGGGUGUCUGGGGUGAGGGGUGGGGGGAAUCCCUAGAUGGGGGUCACGGCCUGACACACCUUUCCACCUGCAUGCCUUAAUUGCACAUCUGUCUUUACCAUAAUCGGGAAUUUUUUCUGGCCCUCCAUUCAACAGAUUUACCCCAAUUUCCUCCUUGUCUCCAUUCAUCCUGUGUUUUAUAUGCAUAUUUCUCCCCUGUGCCUUUUACACCGUUGCCUGAGGGUUUUUCCCCCCCUUCGGCAAGCCUUAAGCUCGAUUUGCACAUUUCUACAGCGAGUCCUCUACUUACGACCCCAACAGUUCCGUCACUAAGCGAGGCGGGGGGAGAGUUAAGUGAAGGGUGCCUCGUUUCACGAGCUUUUUUUUCUGACCGAGGUGGUUAAGGGAACCACUGCGGUCCUUAAGUGAAUCACACGGUCAUUAAGUGAACCUGGCUUCCCUGUUGACUUCGCCAGCCAGAAAGUCGCAAAAGGGGACCCCGGGACUCUGCAACCAUCAUAAGUACAUGCCAGUUGCCAAGCCUCUUAAUUUCGAUCACGUGGACGCCCUGGGGAUGCAGCGACCGUCGUAAAUGUGAACCAGCUGGCAAGCGUCCGAAUUUUGAUCACGUGACCCCGGGAUGCUGAAAUGGUCUUAAGUGUGAAAGGCCUAGCUCCCUUUUUUCAGUGCCGCUGCAAAUUUCAACGGUCACUAAACAAAGCAACUGUAAUUUUGAGGAUUAUCUGACUAUCCAUAUCCACUUGAUACCUAGGAUCGUCUCCUGUUUUGACAUUUUAUGCCUUAAAAAGGAAAGAAAUCAAAGCAACUGAUAGAAAUUGGGGGCUGAUUGUGUUUUUCACUCGCCCUCCAGGCUCAAAAUAGAUUCAGCAAGACAAAAGAUUCAAUUGCCUGGUUUUACAGAUGGACUCAUUUACGUGAUCUGGCUGUUUUCAUUUAUUGGAAGCAGUUAAGAGAAACACACAAUGCGUUUCAUCCGUUUCCUGACUAGGUCGUCCUGGACUUACGGCCGUAAUUUGGAGGGACCAGUUAAAUGAAUCGCGCCUUAUUUCACAGCCCUUGCCGCCACGGUUUUUAAGCGAAUCACUGCCAUUGUUAAGCGAACCACAAGGUCAUUAAGCAAAUUUGUUGAGAGCUGUUCGCGGACACACAACCCCAGCCACACUGCAACCGUCAUAAAUACAUGCUGAUUUGAUUGCAGGCUGUAGCGGUCAUAAGUGAGAGGACCGGUCGUAAGUCCCAUGUCUUCAGUGCCGUUGUAACUUUGAACUGUUGUUCAAUGAACGGUUGUAAGUCAAGGACCAUCUCUAUGGAUUUAUUUCUGGGUUUUGCAGUAGAGUAAAAUUUCCCCAGUCUUUUUCAACUCUGGCUCCUUUAAGAGGAACGGACUUCAACUCCCAGAAUUCCCCAGCACCAAAAGUUGGAAUCAUUUCACAGUUCCUUCCCCUGCUGAUCUCGGGGACAUCCUCGCUACCCAGAUGGACGGGACAGUCCUGCAGAAACGCCCUGUUCCGAAUCUUCAAGGUAGAGAGAGAUAUUUCUUCUCUCUAGGCACACUGAGAAUGUAUCUGCAGAACAAAACUCCUCAUUGGUGACAAGAAGGGCAUCGGGCCAGAAAACAGUUCCCAGACUCCACCUUGCAAGAGAUUAUGUUAAAAGAGGAGGAUAGAGGAAUAUAUUGAUUGCAAAGCAUCAUGUAACCGAGUGCCCCCAGUGUGCCUUUUGCAGAAGGAAUUUGGGGGCCUAAUUCGAGCAGACAUAUGUUUGACGUAUUCUUCUUUUGAAUGAUCAAGAAAAGGAAGAGGGGAAGGGAAGGCUCCGUCUGGCUGCUCAAGCAGAAAACAA